GGCAACUACAGCAAUAAAAACCAAAAUAAAACAAAAAGAACGUCGCACAGAAGAUUUGUUUUGAGCAAGGUAAAUUUAAUUACAACUUUUCGCGUUGUAUAUCAAAAUAUAGAAAGAAAUGAUUUAUACAACAGUUGGAAAAGACCAAAGCAUUUCUAUUGGUGUCUAUCUUAAACAAUUUGAAUGAAGUGAAAGCAAUUUGUGAAUAAGUCUACCGAGUUUUUAAAAGGUCGAACAACGGAGCAACUUGUAAUUUGUGUUUUCCGACAAAAAGUCAAAGAAUACGAAUGCUACAACAACAAUAAGUAAAUAAAUAUCAUACUUAUUAAACAACAACACUGAAAACAGGAGAACAUCUGAAUAACAUAGUACAAAGCGGCGCAAAACAAGUGAGAUUUUCAAAUAAUGUUUGGUUCGCGCUGGUCACGUUACCAGUACGGUGUGGACGACUUGCGACGUACUAAUGCCACAGCAUUAAUUCUGGAACGUCAAUAUGGAGAUAUGGAUCGAUAUGUGCAACGGCGCUUACAAGUAUCAUCCGCUUACAUUGAUCGUCUCGAACAGGAGACAAUAUUACGUGGUCAUCACGGUUGUGUAAAUUGUCUUGAAUGGAGCAGUAAUGGACGCAUAUUAGCGUCUGGAUCUGAUGAUUUUUGCGUCAUGCUUUGGGAUCCAUUUCGUAAGCGUUGCCUACGUAGUAUAACUACCAAACAUUCCGGCAACAUAUUCUCUGUAAAGUUUUUACCGCGACAUAAUGAUGCACUCAUUGCCACUGCAGCGGCCGAUAGAUCCAUUUACGUAUUCGAUGUGAAUCGUCCAAAUGAUGCUAUACUUAGCUGUACUUGUCAUGUGGGGCGUGUCAAGCGGUUAGCCACAGCACCAGAUUCACCUUUUGUAUUUUGGUCAGCAGGUGAGGAGGGUUCAAUUUUGCAGCUUGACACGCGGGAACAACAUCGUUGCAACACUGAAGGAAAUCGUGUGCGUUUGAUAAAUCUUGAUACACAUGUAAACACACAUGCUGAAGCAAAAUGUCUGGCAAUUAAUCCACGACGUACAGAACUUUUAGCAGUUGGUACGAAUGAUCCAUAUGCACGCUUAUAUGAUAGGCGUAUGCUUCAUCUUGUUUCAUCGCUGGUUGGUGGAGGCAGUAAUCUACUUGUAAACGGUGCAGAUGACGGCAGUGGCGUAAUACCUAAAGAUUGUGUCACAUAUUAUUGUCCUGGACAUAUAAGUAAAGAUAAUUCUAAACUUAUCGAGCACGACUCUCGUGCAAUUACGUACCUUACUUUCAAUGCGACCGGCACAGAGUUGCUGGUAAAUAUGGGUGGUGAGCAUAUAUAUCUAUACGACUUGAUGAAUGCCGAACAACCAGUGUUUUUAAACUUACCGGAAUACAAACCGCCACCAAGAACUUCAGAGUCCGAUAUAGAAAUGGCAGUUAUGCAAGCAAGUUAUAAUUCCUCUUCUCCUAAUGGAAGUGCUGCCGUAAAUCAAGCUAUUGAUGAAAAUAACGUCUCAACACAAAGUGCAAUUAGUCCCGUCGAUGCCCCACAAACUACUAAUCGACGAAAAUUGCCCGAAUACAUUGAACGCUAUAAGAAAAUGGGAAACGAUUUUCUUGAAAACGAAAAAUACUUACGAGCAGUUGAAAAAUAUUCGGAAGCCAUUGAAAUGGCGCCCAACUGCCCUGUGUUAUAUCUGAAUCGAGCCACUGCUUAUAUGCGACGACUUUGGUUCGGUGAUGUAUAUGCAGCAUUGCGGGAUUGCCACCAGGCAUUGCGACUUGAUCCUGCCUACAUUAAGGCACACUUUCGUUUAGCACGCGCGCUGCUCGUGCUUGGCAGACCGCAGGAGGCAGACGAGUGCCUUAAAGAGCUAAUUGCUCGCUUUCCCAGCUAUGCGAAUAAUCAUGGUAUCAUGAUGCUACGUAAGGACAUCAAAGAAAAUCGCCAAAUGUCACAAUCACAACAACAGCAACAACAACAACAACAGCAGCAACAUGGCAGUGAACAACAACCCUAUAACUGUUUAGAACUGUCCGAUGCUGAAUAUCAAUGGCGCAGCAAAGCAAAAGACUACAGUAAACGUUACGUGGGUCAUUGCAAUACAACAACAGACAUCAAAGAAGCCAACUAUUUCGGCAGCGAUGGUGAUUUUAUUGUUGCUGGUUCAGAUAAUGAGAGUUUCUUCAUUUGGGAGCGCAACACAGGCAAAAUACGUGCAAUCUACAAGGCAGACGUUUCGAUUGUCAAUUGUGUGCAACCGCAUCCGGAAAUUUGUUUGUUAGCGACGAGCGGCAUUGAUCACGACAUAAAAAUAUGGUCACCAAUAGCACCGUCUGCUGAUGAAAGACCGAAUUUGGUUGAAUAUGUCGACAAGACGGUGGAGGAUAACCAACAAAAGAUGAAAAUGGAUCCGUUUAAUAUGAACUCAGGCAUGAAUGCUUUCUGCCUUAAUGGAUAAUGCGUGGUAAUUAUGAUAAACAUAUAGUGCUUGCUAAUUUUAAUGGGACCGCUCAACUAAAUUGUCUAUCUAACAGGCGAAACAAAAUAAAUUUAGGAAAUAAUCAGAAAAAAGGAAUGAAUAAAAUUGCUAGCGGUAAAUGUGGACUAGAUUUUGUUUUGUGGACGACAAUUUAGAAGUAUCUACAUUAAAGAAGAAUUUUCGAAAAAAAUUCUUCAUUUUCUUUUCUUGUUGUUUAUGUAUACCUAUUUUAAUAAUUAUAAAGCUUUAAAUUGCACUGUUUUUUUGCCAUGUUAUUUGGAUUUAUUUUAUAUUAUAUAUAUAUUUUUUAUUUUUAAAUCGGCAGCUAUGCAAUAAAUAUGCCACUAUUUUUUGAAGACUAUGUCCACUUUGUCGUCCACAAAUGUCAUAGAGUUAAUAAUAUUAAAUAUACAAUAAUUUAGAAAUAUAUACAUAAUUAUAUUUAGAAAGCGAUGGUACUUCUUCGUCGAAUCGAUAACGCUUGGACAUUUCAUGUAAAGAAACUGAAAUAAGGUUAUGUUAUUAUAUCUAAGUUUAAAUUAACGUAAAAAGAAUUUAAAUACAUUGUUACUUUUUUAAAAUAAAACUAUUCGAAAUAUAGAACACGAAAAUAUUGAUAAUUAUAAAAACCAAAGCCGUUCUCGAUUCGACGUAGACAUACAUUUUAAGAAGGGCCAUCUAAAUUUAAGCACGUAGCAGUAGAGUAAGCGUUACGCUGAAUUUCACUAAUCAAAUUAGGAAGAACAUAAGAAUCAAAAUAAUGUCGAAUGUAUGGAAGAGUUGGAGGUAAUUACUUUAGGUACGCUGACGCACCAAUCAAAUCAAAAUUUUAAUAGAGCGCAUAAAAGUGGGUACAAACUGAUAUCAAAAACAAUAUACACAUAGAAAUACUUGUAAUUAACAGAAGUAAAUGCCUCAAAAAAGCGCGACUAGACAAAAACACUACAGGAAGCUUCGAAUACAAUAUGAUAUAUGGCAGUAAACUAGAAUCAUCUUGUAUAUGUAAUGACUGUUUGAUGAGUUAAAUAACAUUAUAUUUUUGUUUCAGUUUGCACAGAAAUUUUUAAGUGAAUAUAAUUCAUCUGUUUAUGUCUACCUAAACAGCUGCAACAGUUAUGUAUUGUUCAGACUGCAAAUGUGAGAGAAACGUAAAAAUGAUACAAAAAUCACACUGUAUAAUCCUUAUUAAAACGAGUUAUUAAUGUGAAUACUUAUUUACUGGUUUUCAUUAAAAAGUUAUUUUCGAUGUAAAA